UGUAGACACUAUCUGUCUAACUAAUGAGUCGGUCAGAUCCUGUUGAUGAUAGAGCUGACAACAGGAGACUAACACGUGCACGGGCACUAAGGGUACCGCACGUGUUUCAGGCCUUGGAGCCGGGAGAAGAAAGAAGGAUACGUAGAGCCCGUGCGCUAGCAGCGGGGAUAGCAGAAGCAAACAGAGCAGCAAGAGAGCAGGCAAAAGCAGUCAGAGCAGUUGCGAUGGCUAACGGCGCAAGCUCUGCUGCGUCAUCAUCUGCGUCCUCGUCAGGGAAUAGUGAGAUGAGUGUGGGAAUGCCAACUAGUCCCACAAGUUCCUCAGGCACUUCCGGUUCCACAGGCUCUAGCCAGUCUUCUAGUCAAAUGGCGGGCUCGCAGUUCAGCCCGUUGACCCCGCGUCAGAGGGAGCUUAGAGAGAUCCAGCAGGUCGAGAUGCUCCGCCGUAAGUUAGAGAAGGACCUGAAAGAUGCUACCGAUAGAGAAAAUGCGAUGAAAACUAGAGCAACCAGGCUUGAAUCUUUAGAGGCUGACAAGGCUGAACUAGAGGGCUUGGAUGAGUCAGCGUUGACUGACCCACUGAAGGUAUUGAAGAAGAACAUGCUGUCAUUACACGCACACGUGGACAGCAAGUUAGACUUCAUGCAGAGCACUCUAGACCAGAUCCUGGAUGCUUUGACAAGGCCAGGAUUCCGGCCACCAGCACAAUCGUCGUUGCCGUUAUCGGCGAUGUCAGGCCCCUUUCCAGUUCAAGCUGGCACACAGCCAAGUGGCACAUCUGCAGCAGCCGCUCAGACUGUUGCAUCUUCUUCUUCAGGUCCAACGGUGGUUGCUACACCACCGCAACAAUCUGUUCCUGCACAGGGACAGCAGCAAGGUCAAUGGUAUCCCAAAACCCCAAUGAAACCGCCUCUUGCCUUCUCAGGCGAGAGAAAAGACGAAGAACUCAACACAUGGUUGAGGACAGUCCCGGUUUGGGUGAAGGCCAAAAGGACCUUGCCUGAGGACGAAGUGGUAACUGCUGCAUCUUACCUCGAGGGUAAGGCAGCCAAGUGGUUAGAUGGUGUAGUUAUCAAGGCCGGGUAUGGGAGACACAUGGCGGACUGGGCUAAGUCCCUGACAUUAGACCAGUUUAUGGAGAUGGUAGAAGCUCGAUGGCAUAACCCACAGGAGGCACAAAAGGCCACUGAUGCCAUUAACAAACUGGACCAACGCAAGUUCAGAAUGUUAGAUGACGCAAAGAAAUAUGUUGAGACCUGUCAGGUCUGUCAGCGGGACAAGCCGCGAACUCAAGCACCGCUUGGGUUAUUGAAGCCUUUACCUAUUCCUGAUGGUCCAGGAUUGAGUGUUUCCAUGGCUUUCAUGGACACUCUUGUGACCAGCAAGAGUGGAGACAAGAAGGAUGAGGCUCUUGACACGUGGUUGAGAACGGUGCUAGUGUGGGUGAGGGCAAAGAGGACAUUGGUAGAGGAGGAAGUGAUUACUACUGCAUCCUACUUAGAGGGUUCAGCAGCUCGCUGGCUAAAUGGAUUGGUUGCUUCAAAGGGUUUCGACAGAAACAUGGGUGAUUGCGCUCAGACCCACACCAUAGAAAGCUUUAUGGAUUUAGUGGAUGCUCGAUGGCACAACCCUCAGCAGGCACAGAUUGCCACUGAUGGGCUAUUGAAACUUGACUCUAGGAAUGCAGAUUAUCUAGGUGUGCUGAUCUCUGAGUUUGGCUUGUCUGAGGACGUUACUCGAUCUUCGGGGGAAGCCUACAAGGAAGAUCCCAUCACGAUGGACAUCAUCAACAAACUGCAGGCCAAAGACAAGGCCACCUCUGACGAGUUUGUGAUGGUGGAUGGGUUACUCUUUCUUGAAAAGGCAGGGUUUGAAAGGUUGGUUGUUCCAUCUAGGAAGAUUUUGUGUAGCUUAUCUUUAGCUGUGGAGACCACAGCGGUGGAAGCGGCGGCGGUGGGAACCGCAACAGUGGGAACUGCAUUAGCAGCAGAUGAACAAGCAGUGACAGGACGAGCAGCAGAGGCAACUUCCGUAGCAGAAACUGCUGGAGUGAAACCCGAAGUUGAAACAGCAGCAGUAGAAACUGCAGCAGUGGAGACCACAGCGGUGGAAGCGGCGGCGGUGGGAACCGCAACAGUGGGAACUGCAUUAGCAGCAAAUGAACAAGCAGUGACAGGACGAGCUUACCCAACUUUACGUUCGAUGGUAGUUAAGAAGAAGUGGGAUCAGGAGGUGAUGAUGGUGCUUGUCAAACGAGUCGGUGAUUGUUCCUCAUCCUAUCCACCUUCUAUCGAGAAACUUCUCGACGAGUAUAAGGACGUGCAAAUCGAGCCGACGGGAAUCACUAAGCGUGCUAUUAAGCACACGAUUGAGAUUAUUCCCGGAAGCAAGAUUCCCAAGGGUCCCAUUUAUCGAAUGUCUCCCAAGGAACUUGAGGAAUUGCGCAAACAACUGCAAGAACUUACUGACAAAGGAUGGAUUCGUCUUAGCUCAUCUCCUUAUAGUGCGCCUGUCUUAUUCGUGCCCAAAAAGGAAGGUGAACUUCGUCUAUGCAUAGAUUAUCGAGGGUUGAACUCCGUCACUGUGAAAAACGCAGAACCACUUCUGCGCAUUGACGACUUAUUGGACCAGUUACAAGGUUGUAAAUACUUCAAUAAGAUUGAUCUGAAGUCAGGGUACCACCUGAUCGAGGUGGCUCAUGAAGAUCAACAUAAGACGGCAUUUCAAACCAGCGAGGUGGUCAAACAGAUCAUCCGCGCGGGGCAUGGGACAACUCUUUUUGACCGUGUACUGGUUGAGACCGCGGUAGUCAAUACAGAGACGAAGGGUGUCGUCCUUCUUGCGAUCGAAGAGGACAGCGGCACUCCAUGGGGAAGUACUCGGUUUAAUGAAGCCCUGGCGAAGCAGCUCCUCAAGUUGGCGCUUGAGUUCCUGGGCUUUGGGAACCGAAAGGCGAUAUGGGGCGUGAUUCUGAAUGCGAUAGUUGGGCUCGAGCUGGAUGUGGUGCUCGAUAUCGCGCAUGGGAGGAAUACUGUUGUAGGAGACCGAUGGUGGGAAAACAUCGCGAUACUCGCGAAGGAGAGCACCAACGCUAGGCGACAAGGAAGAAAGAAGGCUAAGGAACAGAAGAAAAAGGAGUGGGAUGAGUGUAAGAAACAGCGACGAGAGGCGAUCGAGAAAGAGGAGAAACUGAGACGCAGAGAAGAGAGGAAGCAACGCGAGAAGUUGGAGAAUGAUUUGCGUGUGGCAAGAAUCAUUGAUGUGCAAAUAUCGAAGCGUUGGGGUUCUGUGCGCGCGGUGCAGAAUAAGGAAGAUAAACAGGAGCGUAAAAGAAGAAAGAAGACUUUGCAAUGCAAAUUGCGACAAAGACCACCGCGGGAGGUAUUUGAUUCCGAUGAGGAGGUUGCAGUCAUCAGCGCUGGUACGGAACACAUGGAACUCAGUAGUUCCGCAAGUUCGGGGAACGAUGAAUUUCCUGCAUCGACCCCUCUAACGAGGACUGCUAGGAGGAUGUAUGGGUCAGCUAAACGCAUAGGUGGAUCGCAUACCUUUCCGGUUGCACCACGCAAUAUUGCCAAGGAAAUUACUUCGACACCUGGACCGGAUGCACGCGGGAGGUUUGUUCAAGAUCACAAGAUGAUGCUGGAAUCAUUGGACUACAAGGAGGUGAAGGAACUUUGUAAGAAGGAACACGUUUCGUACGUUCGUAAGCAUCAGGCUAUCGAAGAUCUUGCCGAGAAAUGUGCGGCAGCUGCUUUCGGAAGACCUAAGGUUGUCCCUCCACCGGCGACGUGCGCAACCGAUCCUAUCUCCAGUAGUACUGAUAUCGGGUCUUCGUCAUCGGAUGAUGCUGGAGAGAGUAGCGAUAGCGAAGCAUGAGGUGUUUGGCGUACAUGCGAGCUAUGGUCGAUUUGUCGGGAUCUUGUUCGUAGACGUGAAUCUUGUCCUCAUGUAGAUAGCGAGCUCGAGACUAGCCUACGUUGGAUCUUGUUUGCUUUGGUGACACGAGGAGGUAUACCAUGGGGUGAUAAGUUUGUGAAUGAUUGGACUAAGCUUUGUCUGGAUAAUGACGAGGGGAUAGGUAAGGGGGAUGGAUGUGUAUAUGUGGGAAUCUCACCGUUCUGCAAACCUACGUACAUCGGUAAGACCGAGCGAGAUAUUAAUGUGAGGUGGAGUGAGCACCGAAACCGGAGUAGCAACGAAGGUGCGACAUGUCACUUUCACCGUUGGUUAUGUACUUUUGGGAAGGGAAGCUAUGUUCUACUUCCUUUGGUGAAAGCCCCUGUUGAGGAGCUUACGACAAUCGAAUCUGUGUAUAUCAAGUGUUGGUCCCCUGUGCUUAACUCGACCAGGCAGAGAAAGACGAAUAGUCGACGAAAUCGGAAAGGUGAGCGGGAAAGGAAGAAGACAGCAGUCGUAAGGAAAGGGGGGAGUAACAAAGGUAUUGAGAUCGU